UGCAGUCGACUCGAGACUUGUCUGUAUCAUCUGUACCCUACAAAGCAAAGACAACAAAGAGAUCGAAAUGGCCUUCGCAGGUGUACUGACUGAUGCUGACGUCGCUGCAGCCCUGGACGGAUGCAAAGACGCUGGCACAUUCGACCACAAGAAGUUCUUCAAGACAUGCGGCAUGUCUGGCAAGUCCCCUGACGAUGUCAAGAAGGCCUUCGGCAUCAUCGACCAGGACAAGAGUGGUUUCAUUGAGGAGGAGGAGCUGAAGCUGUUUCUGCAGAACUUCAAGGCUGAUGCACGUGCGCUGACCGACGCCGAGACCAAGACUUUCCUCAAGGCCGGCGACACCGACGGUGACGGCAAGAUUGGCGCUGAUGAGUUUGCUAACUUGGUUAAGGCAUAAAGUGGCAACUGACCAACAACACCUGCUCUGAUGGAACAACAAAGCCCACGUCGACCUCCCCACCUUUUCAUCUGAAUAUAAAUAAUUUUUAUACAUUUGCUUAAGAGACGUUUCCUCCUAUGCAACACACUGUCCAAAAAAUGAUGAUUGUGAAUGUCGCUCGGUUGUGUUCAUGUCUUAAAUAUGAAUUUUGCUUACUGUAAAAUCUAUGAUGCACUUUCCAGGUACAAACGGUAAAAAAAGAAUAAAUAUUCUUUUACUGCGGUCU